CACCGAUUCGGAAGCAGGCUCCAGGCUCCGAGCUGUCAGCACAGAGCCGGAUGUGGGUUUCAAACUCAUGAACUGGGAGAUCAUGACCUGAGCUGAGGUCUGACGCUUAACUGACUGAGCCACGCAGGCGCCCCGGAUUAAGGCCCCAUCGUAACGUGAUCGUCCGCAGAGACCCUAUCUCGAGUUCCGUCACAUUCACAGAUCCCGGGUGUCAGCUGUGGACCGGCCCUCUUGGAGCCACGAUCGCACCGGACGGUGAGGAGCAGGGGAGGAGGACCCAGGAAGGAGGUGCGUGGCCGGGCCCCAGGUCGCUGUUUCUACGUGGGUUUGGCCGGGCUGGUGUCUCCUCCGCUCCCGAGUGGGACUGUCCAACACUCCACCACCUUCUGGAGGUCUUGGGCCCACAGCGCUGCGGACAGACUCAGCAUGCAGGGCCCUGAUGGACGAGGUGGAGUAUGACGUCACCAAGGCUCGGCAGAAGACGACCAAGGUGGGCUCCUUCCGAAUAAAUCCUGACGGGACGCAGGAGAGGAGAAAGACCCCCCUAGCCCACUCGGAGGUUUUCCUAACAGACCUGUUGGACCAAGUGUGCGAGCGGAUGAACCACUACCAGCUGGAAGAAGAUUCCGUGACUCGGGAGAAGAAGUUUAAGAGAUUUGCUCCAAGGAAAGGAGACAGAAUAUACAAAGAAUUUAAAAAAUUCCAUUUUUAUUCUGAUGCUUACAGACCUUUGAAAUUCGCGUGCGAAGCUAUUAUAGAGGAGCAUGAAGACGAGAUAUUCUCACUUAUCGCCCAGGAGGCACACGACCUCGCUGACAAGCUGUGCAGUGAGAAAGCAGAUCUCUGUGGAGCCUCUGCUAACCUCGCGGAGCUCCUGGAUGGCACCUCUACUGGUUACUGAGGAGGAAAGUCACAGCCCACAGGUCAACGUCCGUGUUCCUAUCUUCACGUUUCCUCACAAAAACAAAGUUCACGUGUCUCGUUUAUACGGUGUUGUCGCACGUGUGACAUUGUGUUGAAAAUCUGUUGUUUGGUGUCGCGACAGACCCGAUUCUUUGGAUAGGGGAAGUUGAGGACUGCAUGAAACAAAUUACCCUUGUGGAUUCGGAUACAGACAGGGUCAGGAGUGAAGCGUUUAAGUGCCCAGGAAGAAAAAACGGAAGGCAUUUCAUAAAUGAAAUAAAGAUUUGAUAACAUACACAAUAUCUUAUGCGCGUCUACAAGUAUAAUGUUCUAGUUGAUGAGAAAGAGCAUGAUUUGAGUUCUUAAAUGCUUGAUUGGUCAUGAAGGCAAGAAAAUAUAUUGCCACAAAUUCCAGAUUAUGUCUUCUGGGUUCUAUAGGGUGAUCGAUUAAAGACACAAACUUUCUUUCCAUCAGGAAGGAGAUACAAAGUUCCAGAAACCUUCAGUUUAAAAACGUAUUAAUCUCUAAAAUGUAACGGAAUGUGUGAAAAAAUAAUGAACGCUUUUCUCGCAAGCAAUAUGGUGGCCUUUCUUCCGCAUACCUUGUUAAUCCAGAUGAGUCAGAAAGUCACUGUACUGUUAUCUUGUGUGUUCCUCAAAGAUGGCACCAGUGACCGUGUUUUGUUCUGCCGCAAACUCUGUUGUGCGUGUGCGUCUCUGAAAAGACUUUCAGCUAACGCUUAGUGUGUGUAUUUUACCACUAACUAAUCUAUUGUCCUCCCAUUUGGGUGUGUUUGUAGGUGUGGAGACAGAGGGGAGGUGGGACCGGAUGAAAAAUUACUUUUGACCCCACUGAAUACCAGAACGUAGUCGUCCUAGUGCUAGGCUUGGAUAUUUCAUUGUCUUCGUUAAACCUACAGUCAGUGACAUCUGACUGUAAUCGUUGCCGAUCCCGGGGCAUAUUGUAUGCCUUAUUCUGAAGAAGAGAUGCUCAUUGUUGGUGGUGAGAAUUUACUAGGCAGGGUGACAUAAAGUCUGCCCCCAGAGAGCAAAAACCGUC